AUGGCUCCGAUGGGUAUCCGGCUGUCACCCCUCGGUGUGGCGGUGUUCUGCCUUCUUGGAGUCGGUGUCAUCUACCACCUGUAUGCAGGGGUCAUCUCCAGCCGCCUGGCUGCUUUCAGAACGAGGGGAAAAGUGGAUCUGAAGGACCUGCUGGCUGUCUCAGUAGAGGCUGCAGUGCUCGGUGGCACAGAGGUGAAGAAGGUGCGUGAAGAAAAUGACCUGAAGGAGAAGUCCAAAGGCAAGACAAAGGAGGGAGCCAAUGAGCUUCUGACUAUGGGUGACCUGCAGUCACACAGAAAGAUGUUUAACCUUAUAAGCAAUACCUUCCCUGAAGUCACGGUGAACAGUGAGGAACAUGACAACACGGUGGAUAAGGCUGCAGCCUGGAGUCGGGAUAUUCCAACCGACAUACGAGACAAGAUAGAGGGGGGCAAGUACGUUCCUGCUGAGAGCAUCACUGUGUGGAUCGAUCCUCUAGAUGCUACACAGGAAUAUACAGAGAAUCUGGUGAAGUAUGUGACCACAAUGGUAUGUGUGGCUGUAGAUGGUAAACCAGUCAUUGGGGUCAUACACCAGCCAUUCACUGGGUUCACUGCCUGGGCGUUUGUAGGUCAGGGGUCAAAUAUGCGUCCCCGGCCGUCCUACACUGUCAGCCCUCCAAAGGCGAUUGUAUCACGUUCCCACUCGGGAGCAGUUAAAAGUUAUGUUCAGGAGGCUUUUGGAAACAGCACAACAAUCAUAGAAGCAGGUGGAGCAGGAUAUAAGGUACUGUCACUUUUGGAGAUGCCUUCAAGUGAAACAGGUUCUAUGGACAAGGCAGACGUUUACAUCCACGUCACCUUUAUCAAGAAAUGGGACAUCUGCGCUGGUGCAGCACUACUGAAAGCACUGGGAGGCCACAUGACAACGCUGAAAGGAGAGGACAUCGACUACAGUGGAACCCCAGUCAACAAAGGAGGACUGGUGGCCAGUGUUGGUGUGGACCAUAAGGCCUUACUGGAGAGACUACCAAACUGGGACCCUGAAAAGCACUGAUAGACACAAACACAGAGCCAUUGGUAGUUUGGUCAGGUUUUGGUAUGGGCAACAUGUGGCUGCCCUUUCCUAUCCCUAAAAGUGGUCUGCAAACGUAACCAGGCCCGUGUGAUUUCAUCAUCGAUCGGAGUCAAGUGUCACCGGCAUGGGCCUCCGAGCAGGACGGUAAAACCAACAUGGCUGCCACUGGAAACCGCAAUGGCUGACACAAUGGCUCUGAACACACACUCUUGUACAUGCAUACAUACUUUCAGCUAGUAGAAACGGUACACCUUCUUUUCCACAUGCAUAUACACACCAACACAUGCUCACAGUGAACACUGGACAUCAGAGUCCCUUCACCUACAGAGGACAACUCUCUAAUGACUCUUAAUGUGAGACAUUUAACUAAGGAGCACAAUGCUGAACGUUACAACAGAACCUAUGGAUUGACUGACACAAUGGUCUUUUAUCAUAUUAAGUCCCAACUUCAAACCUGGCCUAAACAACCAAUGAAGUUACAUUUUAUCAACAAACUGUCUGUUCACCAGCAUCAUUAUACCAAAUUAAUUCACUUCACACUAUCUAAGUGGUGUCAGCUCAGCUAGAAGACACUGCUAAUCCUAAAUUUUGGCAAGGCCGAGACAGGAUCAGAUUUGACCAAUUUUGCUUAACUAAGUUGGAGACAAAAAAACAACAGAAAGGGGACAUUUGGAAGGAAAAGUUGUCUAUUUCCUCAUCUUUUGUUUGAGAAAGAUUUUUGGAUGAUAAAAUCUAUUCUCAGGUUUGGGUGUGAGCAUGCUGUGAUUAGUGUUCUUUUGCUCUCCUGUUAUGCACACACAAACAUUGUACAGUAUGAUAACGGCAAGGUGUGUGUGUCUACCAACAGAAGCUACCUCGUCUACCAAGACCAAUGGUAGCAACGUUUCAGUGGCAGUGAGAGCAAGGGCACUGAUGGAAAAGGGUUUAAUGAACCUUAACCCUAAGCAGAAUAACUUAAAACAUCUGUGGGGGUCUUCACCUUCCUCAGCAUCCUAAAAAUACGAAAUCACGGUUUCUUCACACACCAUCACAUCUCCAGUACAAACAGUGUGAGUUGGACUGUUGCAGUUCUCAGUGAAUUGAGAGCAGAGGAUCGGCUAAUGGACUAAAGACCGGAUGGCAGUGUGGUCGCCUGUGCUUAGAACAAUGUACAAAAACAAGUACCAUCCAAUAUGUACAGUCUUAUUCAGGACUGCCACAUGGGCAAUACAGAAGAAUUGCAUUUGUGUUUCAGUGGUGUUGUAUCACCAAGAACUAAAUGGAAGUUUAAAAAAACAAGUCUAACUGGAGCUGGAUCUGUAAAUUUUCUCCUCCAAUUUCCUUGCAAACCAUUCCUGCUACUAAGUGCAUGGUUUUGUAUUUUGAUUAACCUUCACCCUAACACUUUCACCCUACUGAAAAUGUAUUGUGCUCGAUCAACUCCUAUUCAUGCGGACUACUGUAUGUAUGGCUGAACUGUCUGCCAUUAAGUGUUGCAGUCUGUUUUAACUGACAGUCCAGCAGCCAGUGUGUGUGAUGGGUGUUCGCCAACAAACACUGGCAUGAAGUUGGACUUGUCUUUUUGCUGUGAAACCUUGUUACAUGGUGAAAAACAACCAUCCGCAAAAAAAGUGACCUGUUUAACGUUCAGUUUGUCUCAGCAGCCUUUGUGUAAUUGAUAACCUUGUAUAGAUACAACACGUGUAUAGAGGUUAAGAGUUAAAUAUUCAUUCAACGUGUUUUGCCACAGACUGAAGAGAAAAAGAUGCUGAUGACUAGGAGAAGCUGUUACAUUUAAAGGGGUGCGGCUCGGCUCAGAGAGAACAACUUUCUGUCUCAAAGCCAAAGCUGUAGGAGGUUGGGCCUUCAUGUGCUACAUUUCAGUUUUAGGGUUUGAACGCCUUUGAUCGGCACAAGACAACAUUGUCCUAGGAGGACAGUGUAAGCCGCAGCAAUCGGCAUGAUUUAUGUAGCUGUUGCUAUGGUAAUGAUGGUUAAUAUGCAAGGCUAAUGCUCCAAUAGCAAUUUAAAUGGCAUUACAGUGACAUGGAAAUCAAAUGGUUGCUAUUGUUUUGUUGGGAUGGACAUAUGAAUGCUGUACAUUGUUUUACUCCUGGAUUCAGGUCCUUGUGUACUGUGAGAAAUACUGUAGUUCAGUGAGUAUCCGAGAUAAUGAUUAAAGGGGAACUCCACCAAUUUUACAUAAUAUGGAGUAAUAGUGUGUUUACAGGUGUUGGAGAGUACGACUGACUAUAUGGAAAACAAGUUGAAUAAAGCCUUUUGUAGCUCCAGAUGGAGCUGUGUGAAAUCUGAUAUAUUGCCUCAAGUGAUUCACUUAAGUCGCUCUCAGUUGGGUCUGAAGACUACAAAUUAAAAAAAAGAAAGAUAUCUGUGGGUGUGGAGUUAGAAAGAAGUGAGGUCACCAGCCUAAUUUCUGCUGGAGGCUAGAGGCUACAUUAGCUGCUACUAGCAUAACACACCCAAAUCUACGAAUUGUUUUUGGUCCAGUUGCAUUGUGGGUAAAGUUGGCACCAGGAAGAAGAAGAAUGCAUUGAAUAAAAUCUCAGGUUCUGCUUCAUCGAUUAAUGGGAGUACUCUUUUAAUGCAUAUAUGUGUAUCUACGAGGCAAAGAUGGGGAGGCACAGCCUCAGAUUAUGGUCAGAUUGGACAAAGGGCGCCACGUGUUCUGCCCGACACACCUGAAAACUGCCUCAAGCUUUUAGCAACACAAUGGAGCCAACAUGGCUGCCACUGUAAAUUACCAGCUCAUGUCAGCUAGAGAGAUUAUUGUGUUUCUUGGUAAGUUUCUAUACGGCGACAACAAAAACCAAACCGAUUAUUAUCACCACAUUGAGAGUGUGAAUUGUAGUGAUUGCGACCAUUUUAUUUAUUUUCUGAGCUCACUAAAUGGCACUCAAUCUUUGGUUUAAAGAAAAAGACUCAAGGAAUGGUAUUUGAGUGUGCUUUCAACCCUUUGUUGAACAGAGCAUGCUAUCUACGUAGUGGGCUUAGAAAAUAAGAAGAUGGUUCACGGAGCUUCAUUUGGCCAUCACCAGUGAAUUGUUAAGUGACCUGACAGAGUCUUCCCAUAUCUACUUCUACCUGCUGUGUGAAUUGCUGGAAAUCCUGUUGAUUCCUUAAGUAGCGCACGACUUUGUCAGCAGUUGAAAAACAUGUUUAUAAUGUCCACAAAGCUUGCAUGCUUUUGAAAUUUAAAAUACCUGAAGGCGAUAUUGCCCAUUCUCUACACAUACUAACUUUUUAAUUGUUGUUUUUUCCCCCAUGGUUAUGGUAUUUGGUACUUAUUAAAAAUUGCCCCUUGUAGAGACCUCAUUAGAUCCUGUCCCUUCCUCUCAAGCAAGAGUAAUCUUAAUUUAUUUCAGCCCAGGGAUUUCAUUUUUAUUCUGAUAGUUCAAAAUAUUUGACUUAAAUAAGGAGUGACAAAAGAAAAUGAGGUAGAAGUUCGGUAGCCACUUCAGUAAAGUUUUCAAUGCUGUAUCAACAAUGUCAAUGUCUGUUGAACUGUGUACUACAGGCAUGGCUAAAACCAGUUGUGUGGUUUAACUGACCACUCUAUCUGCCUCUAACCACAGACACAUGCAAAGUAUAUAAAACAUUCCCUUCAGUUUGGAAGUGAACACUUCACCCUGACUUCUCAUGUUCUCACAGAUAAUCAUGUUGCAUAGAGAGGUGGUAGAUGACAACGUGAGAACUAAUCCAUAUGCUAUAGGCUAUCCUGCCAUGUACCAUGCUGUUAUAUGGCUGUUUUGUGUGGAGUGAGGCAGUAAGCUGUCAGUUGGUGUAAUAACCAGGUUGUUGAGCAUCUGCUCUGUGAGUGUCUCUCAUCCUUUUUUUUCUGCUGUGAAUUUCCAAUAAAACCUCAGUGUGCAUGAUGGAA